AUGGACCCUUAUCUGGGCAUCUUCUUCCUCACUCCCUUCUUCCAGUCCUGCUAUGCCUGGUCAGUGAAUAAUUUCCUGAUGACGGGCCCCAAGGCCUAUCUCAUCUACUCCAGCAGCGUGGCAGCCGGGGCGCAGAGCGGCAUCGAGGAGUGCAAGUUCCAGUUCGCCUGGGACCGCUGGAACUGCCCGGAGAGGGCACUGCAGCUCUCCAGCCACGGCGGGCUGCGCAGUGCAAACCGAGAAACAGCCUUUGUCCACGCCAUCAGCUCUGCAGGUGUCAUGUACACGCUGACCCGGAACUGCAGCCUGGGCGAUUUUGACAACUGUGGCUGUGACGACUCCCGCAAUGGACAGCUGGGGGGACAAGGCUGGCUGUGGGGAGGCUGCAGCGAUAAUGUGGGCUUUGGGGAAGCUAUUUCCAAGCAGUUUGUGGAUGCCCUGGAGACUGGACAAGAUGCCAGAGCUGCUAUGAACUUGCAUAACAACGAGGCAGGUAGAAAGGCAGUGAAAGGGACCAUGAAGCGGACUUGCAAAUGCCAUGGUGUGUCAGGGAGCUGCACCACCCAGACCUGCUGGCUGCAGUUGCCUGAGUUUCGGGAGGUGGGCACUUACCUCAAGGAGAGGUACCACAAAGCCCUGAAGGUAGACUUGCUGCAGGGAGCAGGGAACAGCGCUGCCAGCCGGGGUGCCAUCGCUGAGACCUUCAGUUCCAUCUCCAAGAAGGAACUGGUCCAUUUGGAAGACUCUCCUGACUACUGCCUGGAGAACAAGACGCUGGGGCUGCUGGGCACGGAGGGCAGGGAGUGCCUGAAGAGGGGCAAGGCGCUCAGCAAGUGGGAGAAGCGGAGCUGCCGGCGGCUGUGCGGGGACUGCGGGCUGGCGGUGGAGGAGAGGCGAGCCGAGAUGGUGUCCAGCUGCAACUGCAAGUUCCACUGGUGCUGCGCCGUGCGCUGCGAGCAGUGCCGCAAACGGGUCACCAAGUACUUCUGUGUCCGCAAGGAGAAGCGCGAGCGGAGCGGGGGUGGCGGAGCCAGCCGCAAGCUCAAGAGAAAGCUCUAACUUGCUUCUGCUCCUCCACGGUCCUGCCUGCCCCUCUCCUCUCCUGCCCUUCCCAUCAGCUCCUGGCACCAUUUCUCUUUGGCAUAGUUUUGUCUCAUUCCCACUGCUGCC